AUGCCCGAAAAACUCAAGGGCCCUUUCAGCUUCAAGGUCGCCAAGGCGGUCCUCAGCCCAUCAGACAUGGAGCGUUUGGCUUGCGCUUUUCUUAACACCGAGAAUGUCUAUCAGUUCGAUCUCAACAAGGCUGCCUCCGAUUUUGGUGGCGCUAAACCAGACAGCUUCAAACGCUCGAUCUGGGUCAUUACGAAGAAGAUCAAGGAGGCGAUGGAGGGUCAGGGAAGUGAUGCCGGUGGCGACGAAGUGGCUGCUACGCCAGCGAAGUCUGCUGGCAAGAAGCGUAAGGGGGCGGCAAGCGAGGUCAACGGGGAUGAGAGCGCCGUGAAGAAGAAGGCGAAGGUGAAUGGUGCUCGUGGAAAGGCUAAGAAAGCGAAGACUGAGGUGGAGAACGGCGAAGACGAUGGAGAAGAUCCAUUGGCGGGUGCAGCUGACACUCCGGUGAAGAAGGAGAAGCAUGUUGCUGGUGAGGGUGGCGAUGGCGACGACGGGGAUGACUGGUUGGUUUGA